CAUUCUCAACUCGUUCUUUCUUCCAUUCGCAUCAGCUUUUGCUCCAAGUUUAUUGCUUCAGUGAAAGACAAUUUCUUUCCAUAUUCACUUCACAAGGAAGGUGAUAUUGAUGAUUAUUGAUCCAUAGAAACCAUAUACGGUGACAAAAAUCACUUCUCGAAGGAAAAUCGCCACUCACAGUUACAAACAGUUCGGGAUUCAAUUCCACUUUCUGAUACGGUGUCAAUACUGCUGACGCAAUCGGCAACACAAAUCUGGCGGCAGAUUUGUUCUUUAUAUUGUACCUUCAGCUAAUCUGAAGUUUAUUGUAGGAAUCAUGUUUUGGAGGGAACGGGAGAGAGAGAACAAAGAGUCGAAUGGUAUACUUCCUUGUGGACAAAUUCGAGUUCUUUUUGUUGGGGAUUCAGGUGUGGGAAAAACUUCUCUCACUCACUUGAUUGUAAAAGGUUCUUCGAUUUCCCAUCCCUCUCAGACAAUUGGAUGUAUUGUAGGAGUCAAACACGUAACCUAUGGAAAUUCUGGUAGCUCUUCAAGUAGCAUCAGUGGGGAUGGUGAAAGAGAUUUUUUUGUUGAACUUUGGGAUGUUUCAGGACAUGAAAGAUACAAGGACUGCAGAUCCCUCUUCUACUCACAAAUAAAUGGCGUUGUCUUUGUUCAUGAUCUAUCUCAAAGGAGGACAAAAACAAGUUUGCACAAAUGGGCUGCGGAAAUUGCAGCAACUGGGACGUUCUCUGCUCCCUUGGGGUCUGGAGGUCCUGGUGGUCUCCCUGUACCAUAUAUUGUGAUUGGUAAUAAAGCAGAUAUAGCAGCAAAAGAAGGUACUUCGAAGGGAAGCAGUGGAAACCUUGUAGAUGUUGCUAGACAAUGGGUAGAGAAGCAGGGUUUGCUUCCCUCCAGUGAAGAACUUCCUUUAACCGAUAGUUUUCCUGGUAGCGGAGGAUUAGUAGCGGCUGCCAAAGGCGCAAGAUAUGACAAGGAAGCAGUCAUGAAGUUUUUCCGAAUGUUGAUCAGGAGGAGAUAUUUUUCCGAUGAGUUGCCUGGACCAUGGUCUGCCAAAGUUCAACGACCAUUGAUGCAAUCAAAUGAAAAAUUGGCUGACGAUGAUCAUCUCUAUAAGGGUUCAAGCAGCUUGGUGGGGGAUUCUUACAAUUACAAAGCCCUCCCCCCUCUACCAGCUCAACGCAAUUUAACGCCGCCUCCCACAUUGUAUCCUCAACAGCCAAUGUCCACUCCCGAUAACUAUAGCAUUCCAAGAUUUACUAUGAUGGGGGCACAAGAUAUCACCAAUACUAGAUCUAAACGCACAGACAUCAACGUUUGAUUCCUCAACAUUUCGAGGUGAGUAAAUGAACGAACCAUAUUUCUAUUGUAAGCAUUGCGCCAACUCAUUCUUUGAUUCAUUGUUCGAAACUUGUUUCACUAUCAGCGUCAGUGUUUAAUAUUGUAUCAAUUAAUAUACCUAUCAUAUAUGAUGGAAGAUAUAGUGUUCAUUGUGUUUUGGGGAUUUUGUGAGCUAUUUGUUACAACAUUGCAUUAUCUUAGUUCUCAUUAGUGAUCUCAUUACCAGUGUAAUCUCGACAUUAAUCUCGAUGAAAAACCUUAUAAUCAAAUUCGGAAAAUAUAGUAGUAUAAUUGAUUAAUGAUUAAAUAACCUCAAAU